AUGGCACGCCUGCCAGAGACCGAGCUGGAGCUGGCGCAGCUUGGCGUGUGCGGCGACGAGGAGGGUUGUCGGUGCAACAACUGCUCCCGGUCGCUGCCCGUCUCGAAGGAGAAGGUCCUGUACGAGCUCGUCCGCCUCUCCAACGGUGGCUGUGCCGAGUACAGGAACCGCCUCGAGAUGUACAAGGCGAAGCCACCCUCCCCGAAGGAGCUCCGGGCGGACCUUGCAAAGAAGAUGCAACCCAACGUGGCACCCCACGUUCUGUGGGACCACGCGGCAAGUGUGAACCUCCUCUUGCAAAACCUUCUCCUGGAGGCAGGCACGAGUCCGCACCGACAGAGUUUGUUCCUGAGCCUUGACUUGCUACAGGUGCUGCCACUGGAGAAGGCGGUGGGUCUGUACCCGAAGCCGCAAGAGAAGCGGCCACCGGCUCCGAGCAGCAACGCGUACACGCGCCUCCUGACCCUUGACAUAGUCAUGGCCACGCAGGCCGAGUUUUUUGAGCCGAGAGAGGAAGUUGUCCUCGGAGCGCCAUCUCUCCAGGUGGGGAAAGCGCAGCCGGCCAAGCCUCUCCCUGACCCGAAGAAGAAGGCACCAGACGAGCUGUUAGUAUAG